GCAUGCGCAGUGGUGUCUGCUGGUUUAAUUUUUUUUCCUUUUCUUUUUUUUUCUGGGUGAAAAUGGCUGCCACUCUCAUCCAAACCUCUGCGUAGAGGAUUAACUGAGCGUUGAAAUAUGCAGCAGACCCGCUUCGAGACAACACUCGCAGACGCCAGGGCGUAGUUUGUGCAGCGCCUUCACAAAGAUGUUGUGGCCGUCAGGGAGAGGAAGUGUAGACGAGUCGAAAUUAACCCUUUCCACUCCAACGUCCACCAACAAAUGAGUGGUAAAAAGGCCUGUUUGAGCCACUAGAAAUCAGCUACUAAAAACUGGAUUGUCAGUAAAACACGUGGCUUUUCUAGCUCAUGUAUUUCUAUGUACCCCAACAGAAAAUGAUGCACCAAGUGACCACCAGCAGCAGUGACUAUUGCAUGAGUGCACUAACAGAGGACUGUCAUCCAGGCAGCCACUUUGAUAUAUGUAGUACACAGUCCAACAAAUUCUACCCCUCUCCGACAAACCCUGGUUUGCAGCUGUCCCUCGCCGGCCUUGCCCCUUUGCCACAGGGCAUGCACAAAGCCAUGGCGUGCCAGUUACAAGACACCCAGAAUGACUUCCAGCCACAGGCUGUGAGAAUCAGAGCCGGUGAAGCUCUAGGACCUGAGGGCUCUAAGAGAAAGAAGGGCACAGCGAAGUCAGGGCGGAGAGGGAGGCCAUCGGGGACCACAAAGUUAGCUGGGUACCGUACAAGUACUGGACGUCCACUUGGGACAACUAGAGCAGCCGGUUUCAAGACAAGCCCAGGUAGGCCCCUUGGAACCACCAAAGCUGCAGGAUAUAAGGUGAGCCCUGGGAGACCACCUGGCAGCAUCAAGAGCCUCACUCGCCUCAAGAAGCUAGAAUUCGGAUGUGACGGCACCAGCAAGCUGGACUUUAGCAACUGCAGUGCUCCCAAGAAGCUGGACUUCACUAGCUGUGAUGUUUCAUCUUUUCCAUACACCAUGAUGGAGAAAAGAGAACUUUGUGAGCACGGUAGCAAUAAAGUGGAUGAAACCACAGAGAUAAAUUCUGCAGCUGCUUCCCCAGUGUUUGAAAAACAUUUGGUUGCAUGAAGAAGAGGACUAGAAGGAAUUGUGGCAUUUCAUGUAUGCUGGGAGAAAAAGUUGUUUGUUUUAUCAUUUACUGUGGUUCUAAGUUUUCAUUGUACAGUGAUUGGCAUUCUCAUCAUCCUUUCCUAAUAAACAGCUGAAUCACAAA